AUGUGCUUCCAAAUUCCUACUCUCAUCUCCUGCAACACCCGUAGACAGCGGCAUCAGGGCAGAAACCGCAAUCCUAGCAACCUGUUGUACCCACCUAGUUCAUUAAGUUCUCAGGUGUUGGUGCAUGGGGGACUCUGGAAUUGCCAUUCUGCAGUUCUGAAGGCCGACUUCAUCACAGCUUUUGCCUCUGCUCAAUCUCUGGACUUCCUGGCUCUGACUGAGACUUGGAUCACUCCAGAAAACUCUGCAACUCCAGCUGCCCUGUCAUCUGCUUUUGCCUUCUCCCACUCUCCACGGCCAACCGGCAGGGGUGGUGGAACUGGCCUGCUUCUGUCUCGUAAGUGGUCCUUCACUGUACUCUCUUUUCUGCAUCUUGACAUCUCUUCUUUUGAAUUUCAUGCUGUCACUAUCUCUUUUCCUGUUAAACUCCAUAUCAUUGUUCUCUAUCGUCCUCCUGGCCCACUGGGCAACUUCAUUGAUGAACUGGACACUCUCCUGAGUAGAUGGCUGUCGGAUGUUCUACGCAACAACCGUAGAGAGCUAAGGCUAGCCGAGAGGAAGUGGAAAAAAUCUCAACAAUACUCAGACCUCUGCUCUUACCAAUCUCUCCUAUCCCGAUUUUCAACAGAGGUUUCAUCCCGCAUCUCAGCAUGUCUCAAUGAUGUCUCGAUGUGGAUGAGUUCUCAUCACCUAAAACUCAACCCCAGCAAGACUGACCUUCUGUUGAUCCCAGGAACUACAAGCCCUCACAACAAUCUCUCCAUCUCUUUCGAGAACUCACUGGUCACUCCAUCGGCAGAAGCAAGAUGCCUUGGUGUAGUAAUGGAUGAGCAGUUAUCGUUCUCGAGCCAUAUUGCAAAUCUGACUCGGUCAUGCAGAUUUCUCCUGUACAACAUCCGAAGAAUUCAACCGUUUCUGUCUCAGGAUGCCACUCAGGUGCUUGUGCAGUCUCUUGUCAUCUCAAGACUUGACUACUGCAACUCUCUACUGGCUAGUCUUCCACUGCGAGCCACCAAACCACUACAGUUAAUUCAGAACGCGGCAGCACGACUCGUCUUCAAUCUUCCGAAGUUCAGUCAUGUGACUCCUUUGCUGCGUUCCCUCCACUGGCUUCCUGUUGCUGCCUGCAUCCGAUUCAAAACCCUGACGCUGGCCUACAAGGCAAAAAACGGACCAGCACCUUCAUACCUGAUGGCGAUGGUCAAAGCCAGAUCUGCACCAAGAGCUCUUAGAGCUUCCAGUACGGCUCGGCUCGAACCUCCAUCACUCAAAACACACAGAAAACAGACAUCCAGACUCUUCUCUGUGCUGGCACCAAGGUGGUGGAAUGAACUUCCACUGGAUGUCAGAACAGCAGAGUCACUCACGGUCUUCAAACGUCGACUGAAGACACAUCUUUUCAAAGAGUUCCUAAACUAAUAAUAAUAAAAAAAAAUGUUCCUAGGGUUCUUAACAUGAUUAAGCUCUAUGUAUCUCUUGAUCCUAGUCUACAAACUAGCUUUGGAUAUCUUAAGUAACUUUGAAGCACUGUUGUAAGUCGCUCUGGAUAAGGGCGUCUGCUAAAUACCAUAAAUGUAAAUGUAAAUGUAA